AUGACGGACGACCAGUUGCGCGCCAUGACCGUUGACCUCAAGAAACGCGUCGCGGCGGGCGAAUCGCUGGACAGCGCUCUGCCUGAGGCGUUUGCCGUGGUGCGUGAAGCUUCCAAACGCGUUCUCGGCCUCCGCCCUUUCGACGUGCAGCUGAUUGGCGGCAUGGUGCUGCACAAGGGGCAGAUCGCGGAGAUGCGGACGGGGGAGGGCAAGACGCUGGUGGCGGUGCUGCCGGCGUACCUGAACGCGCUCACAGGCAGGGGCGUGCACGUCGUCACCGUCAACGACUACCUCGCUAGGAGAGACGCCGAGUGGGUGGGGCAGGUUCACAAGUUCCUCGGGCUCUCCGUCGGCCUUAUCCAACAGGGCAUGGACGCGCAGCAGAGGAGGGAGAGCUACGCGUGUGAUGUGACGUACGUGACCAACAGCGAGCUGGGGUUUGACUUCCUCCGCGAUAACCUCGCCACCACCAAGGAUGAGUUGGUCCUCCCUGACUUCCACUACUGUGUGAUCGACGAGGUCGACUCCAUCCUCAUCGACGAGGCACGCACGCCGCUCAUCAUCUCGGGUCCCGCGGAGAAGCCCAGCGAGCGCUACUACAAGGCUGCUAAGCUGGCCGGGGCGUUCGUACGAGACGUGCAUUACACGGUGGACGAGAAGCAGAAGGCGGUACUCCUCACAGAGGAAGGCUACGAGGAGGCGGAGGUGCUGCUGGGGGUGAGCGACCUGUACGACCCGCGGGAGCAGUGGGCGUCGUAUGUGAUCAACGCUAUCAAGGCCAAGGAGCUGUUCCUGAGGGAUGUGCAGUAUAUUGUGAAGGGCGGCGGCAUCUUGAUUGUUGAUGAGUUCACUGGACGCAUCAUGGAGGGUCGGCGGUGGAGUGAGGGGUUGCAUCAGGCGGUGGAGGCAAAGGAGGGACUCACCAUUCAGAACGAGACGGUCACACUUGCGUCCAUCAGUUACCAGAACUUCUUCCUGCAGUACCCCAAGCUGUGCGGCAUGACAGGCACAGCGGCCACAGAGGCGGCGGAAUUCACGAGCAUCUACAAGCUCACCGUCACUGAGAUCCCCACCAACCGCCCCGCUGGCCGCAAGGACGAGUCAGACGUGGUGUUUAGGGCAGCGGACGGCAAGUGGAGGGCGGUGGUGGUGGAGGUGGCACGUAUGAACAAAAUGGGCCGUCCGGUGCUGGUGGGCACGACCAGUGUGGAGCUGAGUGAGGGGCUGUCGGCGCGCCUCAGGGAGGCGGGGGUGAAGCACCAGGUGCUCAACGCCAAGCCUGAGAACGUCGAGAGGGAAGCAGAGAUCGUCGCACAGAGUGGCCGUCUGGGCGCCGUGACCAUUGCAACAAACAUGGCGGGCCGAGGAACGGACAUUCUGCUGGGAGGCAACGCCGAGUUCAUGGCUCGCCUCAAGCUGAGGGAGAUGCUCAUGCCCAGAGUGGCGCAGGCGAGCGACAACGAGAUUGCGUUUGAGGUCAAGAGGAAGGUCCCUGUGAAGAAGUCCUGGGCGGUCAACCCGGAGCUCUACCCCUGCCAGCUGUCGGACGCCACGUCAGCGCUGCUGACGUCAGCAGUGGAGGCAGCAGUGGCGGCGUGGGGCGCCAACUCACUGCCAGCUCUGGAGGCCGAGGACAGGCUGGCAUUCGCUUGCGAGAAGGGCCCCACGAGUGAUCCAGUGAUUGCAGCCCUCAGGGCAGCCUUUCAAGCGAUGGAUGAUGAGUACCGCGUGUUUACGGAGGCCGAGAAGCAGAAGGUCAUUGCUGCCGGCGGGCUGCAUGUCAUCGGCACAGAGAGGCAUGAGUCGCGCCGUAUCGACAACCAGUUGCGCGGACGGUCAGGGCGGCAGGGCGACCCUGGCAGUUCGCGUUUCUUCCUCUCCCUCGAAGACAACAUCUUCCGCAUCUUCGGUGGAGAUCGCAUCCAGGGACUGAUGAAGGCGUUCCGAGUGGAGGACCUGCCGAUCGAGUCCAAGAUGCUCACAAAGGCGCUGGACGAGGCGCAGAGGAAGGUGGAGAACUACUUCUUUGAUAUCCGCAAGCAGCUGUUCGAAUACGACCAGGUGCUAAACAGCCAGCGUGACCGCGUGUAUGCGGAGAGGAGGAGGGCACUGGUGGCGGAGAGCUUGGAGGGCCAGAUGAUAGAGUAUGCCGAGCUCACUAUGGAUGACAUCCUUGAGGCCAACAUUGACGCAUCGAAGCCCAAGGAGGAGUGGAACCUCGAGGCCCUGGCAGCCAAGGUCAAGCAGUACUGCUACCUGCUCUCCGACCUCUCUCCUGAGACCCUUGCUCCCCACGCCGACUCCAUUGACAGCCUGAGGGAGUACCUCAGGAAGCGCGGAAGGGAGGUUUACUACCAGAAGCGGGAGGAGGUUGAGAAAAUCACGGACAACCUGUGGAAGGAGCACCUGCAGGCGCUCAAGUUUGCACAGCAGGCGGUGGGCCUGCGCGGGUACGCACAGAAGGACCCGCUGAUCGAGUACAAGCUGGAGGGGUACAACCUGUUCCUCUCCAUGAUGGCGCAGAUCCGCCGCAAUGUCAUCUACUCCGUCUACCAGUUCAAGCCUGUUAUGGCGAAGCAACCUGAUAUAGCCAAUGUGGCUAAUGGUGCCAUGGAUCCGUCUGCCAUGGAGCUUCAGGAGUUUUACCACGGUGCGGCCUGCCAAUUCGAGUCGAAGCGUAGUCCGUUGUUCGAGGCCGGACAGAUUUGGGACGUCGGUGCCGCAGUGCUAGGAGGUUUCGUUCCAGGAGUAGUUCUCGUGAAAUGUGUAGCUGUCGCUGGGGCUCUCACAUUCUCGUCAUGGUGUGCCGCGAUUGUAGUAACAGCCGCUGCACUCCAACGGAUACACAGCUCCACCAUGCCAGACGACAUGGAUGGCUUCUCCCCCCCAGCAGCCGCACUUGAGUGCGCGAACGACUGCAGAAACGGGAGCUUCCAACCCCUUCCCGCCUCCUCGUCUUCCUUCUCGCCAUCCCAAUUCGCGUUCUCGCCUCCCCGUUUCCCCUUUCCAAUCCCCAGGACCCCUUCCGGUCACCCCGUUUUCCCGCCUCCCCCCCUUCCCAAUUCCUCUCCGUUUCCCCUUCCCGCCUCUCCGUUUCCCCUUCCCGCUCCCCCGUUUUUCCCCUUCCCGCCUCUUUUCCCCCCUUCCCGUCACCCCGUUUCCCCAUCCCGCUCCCCGUUACCCCUCCCCGCCUCCUCAAUUCCCCUUCCCGCCUCCCCGUUUCCCCCAUCGCGCUCCCCGUUACCCCCCUUCCCGCCUCCUCAUUUCUCCUUCCCGCCUCCCCAAUUCUCCUUGGGGCCAUCCCGUUUCCCCUUUGCGUCUCCCCAUUACCCCUCCCGCCUCCCCGUUUCCCCUUCCCGCUCCCCAUUACCCCUUCCCGCCUUCCCGUUAGCCCUUCCCGCCUCCCCAAUUCCCGUUCCCGCCUCCCCUUCCCCCUUCCCGCUCCCGAUUUCCCUUCCCGCCUCCCCGUUUCCCCGUCCCGUUCCCGUUUCCCCUUCCCGCCUUCCCGUUUCCCCGUCCCGCUCCUCGUUUCCUCUUCCCGCUCCCCGUUUCCCCUUCUCACCACCCCGUUUCCCCAUCCCGAUCCCCGUUACCCCUCCCCGCCUCCUCAAUUCCCCUUCCGCCUCCCGUUUCCCCUUCCCGCCUCCCCAAUUCCCCUUCCCGCCUCCCCGUUUUCCCCUCCCUGUCUCCCCAUUACCCCUCCCCCCUUCCUCCCUCUCGUUUACCCCCCUUCCCCCUCUCAUUUCCCCCCCUUCUCCUCCUUUUCUUUCCCGCUUCCCCCCAUCCCCUUCCCUGCUUCCCCCCAUCCCCUUCCCUGCUUCCCCCCAUCCCCUUCCCUGCUUCCCCCCAUCCCCUUCCCUGCUUCCCCCCAUCCCCUUCCCUGCUUCCCCCCAUCCCCUUCCCUGCUUCCCCCCAUCCCCUUCCCUGCUUCCCCCCAUCCCCUUCCCUGCUUCCCCCCAUCCCCUUCCCUGCUUCCCCCCAUCCCCUUCCCUGCUUCCCCCCAUCCCCUUCCCUGCUUCCCCCCAUCCCCUUCCCUGCUUCCCCCCAUCCCCUUCCCUGCUUCCCCCCAUCCCCUUCCCUGCUUCCCCCCAUCCCCUUCCCUGCUUCCCCCCAUCCCCUUCCCUGCUUCCCCCCAUCCCCUUCCCUGCUUCCCCCCAUCCCCUUCCCUGCUUCCCCCCAUCCCCUUCCCUGCUUCCCCCCAUCCCCUUCCCUGCUUCCCCCCAUCCCCUUCCCUGCUUCCCCCCAUCCCCUUCCCUGCUUCCCCCCAUCCCCUUCCCUGCUUCCCCCCAUCCCCUCCCCCCUGCUUCCCCCAUCCCAUCCCCUUCCCUGCUUCCCCCCAUCCCCUUCCCUCCCAUCCCCUUCUCCCAUCCCAUUCCCUUGCUCCCUCUGUUUCCCCUUGCUCACUCUGUCUCGCCCUUCUCACACUCUUCCGCCUCCUCUUUUUCCACCUUGCUCACUAUAUUCCCCGCUACUCACUCUCUUUCCCCCUGCUCACUAUCUUCCCACCAGCUCGCUCUCUUCCCCCCCCAUCACUUUGUUUAG